UUGUUACUUUUUUCUGCCGAAAAUUUAAAUAUUAUACGUAUAGGUAAUUAGUUUCACAAUUACCCUUAACAACUAUUGUAAACUAAUUAAAAUAAACCUUACGUGCGUAUAUGCAUACAAACAAAUAUAUACGAAUAUGUAUAUAUACAUAUAUACAUACAUGUACAUAAAUUUAUGAAUAUAGGUAUAUGUAGGCAGAGGAACUAUUUAAAAAUGAUUAAGAUUAGUAAAUUUCACCAGACAAUCAAUUUUCAAUUCGUUACUAUUUAUAAAAAAUGUAUCACGAUCUAUUCAAAUAUACUUAUAUACACAUAUAUUAAUUUGUAUAUUUGUAUAUGCCAUACAUGGAAUUACGACAUCAUGGUAAUUAGAGUUUAGCAUUUAUUACUCGCGCAAAUUCCCAGAAAUAAUCGCACUCGCUAAUUUGUAAGUGGACUUGUAAUGUACUAGUAAUUGGCACUGCUUUAUAUGCCUGGCGGUUACGUUUUCAACAAACUAAAAUUAAAAUCAUUCGAAUGCGGUUAAAUUUGCUUUCCAAUUUGUACUAGCAUGUUCAUUAAUAGAAAAUGUGAAUCUUAAGUGCUUAUAUUCAUAACCGUUAUUUUUUCAGCUGUGGUAAAAAUGUCGCCAAAUUUUCGUUACUUAUUUGAGGUAAAGUUUGAAUAAUGUUCUCGCAAAUAUGGUAUAGCGCCAGGUCGUCUUUUUCACUGUGUUUGCCAACUUGACGGCCAAUCAAUACUUAGAUUAGACACAAAGGUGUAAGGCUUUGCUAUUAACAAUAUUUUCUUUUUGUUUUAACUUUGUUUGCUAAUGAAAUAAUCUCCGCUUCAAUCUUUUAAAAUGGUCAGCUUGGCGUAUGAGUAACUUUUCUUAGUUUCAGCGUUAGGUAAACGAAAAUUGGAAUAUACAUAUGUACAUACAAAUAUGUAUAUAUACAUAUCUGUAAACACAACAUAUUCAUGAAUUGGAAAUACGAAGUUUACAAUGUUCGAGAAUUUAAAUUGCUGGUCCAAACGUUCGUAGCCUUGGUAAAUUUAAAAUUUCUUACUCCUUUACAGCCAUAAUUGAAACAUGCCUUCAUUCAGAAUCAGAAUAUGAAUUUGAGAGAGAGCAGUGUUUUCAGCUCUCCGAAUUUAAUUCCGUCGAAAGUUUAAAAAAAUUAUGAACGAAUUACACUCAGAAAACGUAAAAUCUAGUGUUUAUAUACCAUAUGUUUUUUCACGUUAGUGGCCACAUCAAUUACAUGUGUUUUGAUAAACACAUACAUGUGUACAAAUACAUAUAUAUGCCUGCGAUUAUUAGGGUGAUUCAUACAAAUUGAACAUUGUGAAUUUUAGAGUUUUAGAAAAUCAUCAAGCAGUUACAACAAAUAACUGUUUUAUACUGCUACUAUCUGGAUUUGUCAAGAAUUGCCCAUGCUGAAUAAUAGUGAUCACGUUAUAAUUAGUCGCAAACCUCAAAGACGUCAUAAAGUUGUUGCAAUUUCUAAAAGACUAAUAUGAAUCACCCUAAUACGACCGUACAUCAUAGAUAUACCAUACAAUUUACACAUUCCGAUAAAUUUUAAAUUGUAUAUACGAGUAUGAUCAACAACGGCACUUGAGCGUUUACAAUACGUGUCGGACUUACUUGAAUAGAGUGAACAGAGUCAACGUACCAGGAAACAAAGAUUUCAAUUCGCUCCCCGCUACUCAUGUUAUAGUUUUACGCUUUCUUAUAUACUUGUGCACUUGAACAUGUCUAUCAGCGAUAAAUGGAUAUUUUUGCGAUUCCCCAGUGAAAAUAAACCAUCACACAACCCUCCAGUCACUUGUACCUCAUUAGCACAAAGGUGAUAUCACAAAUCGCACAGAGAGGCGAACUCGCCAAUCGACUAUUUGACCAGUUCGCCGAAUAAUCGGUUGGCUUGCUGCAUGAUUGCUUGUUUCGCUACUAAUUUGCCCAUCCGCCAGCGAGUGGUUCUCCGGCUCAUUGUUCGAUUUGUCAACUUUUGAGUAAAGUUUUUCGAAAAUCCAACCAUCGCAUUUAGUAGUAAAUUCGCUGAGCGCUGUUAAUGCGGUUUUACGACGGCGCAUUGUGACGAACACGAAUGCCUCUGAUAACGCACAUAUCGCGACAAUGACGUUUCGAUUGUGUUCAACUUUUUUCAUCAUAAAUAAUUGAUUUCGCGGCGAACGCGGUAGAGUCUUCAUUGUCGCAAAUUCAUAAAACUGUUGGAAACAAAGCAAACAACAAUAAAGAGAAAAAGUGUGUCAAUAAGAUAUAAGCAAUUUGAGCAAAGAAAGCAUUGCAUAUAAACACGAAGUGAAAUCAGUGCGGAACGAGUGAGGAAUAUGAGCUAAAAAUAGUUAUUAGUGACGUCACAUUCAAUAAUGUGCAUUCGGCUGUUAAUCAUGACACAUAAAAAACUGUGGAAAUUCUAAAACGCCCCAUUCUUCACUUUAAUCAACAUAUUGUAUAAUUUGCAAAAUAAAGUAUACGGCAGCAAAAAUCGAAUAAGUUGCCCCUGUAGGAGAGGUUUAACUCACUGUACAAGCACAACCAUAAGGUGACUUUAGAACUGCAACUGCAGCUGUAGACACCAGAAGUCAGUCCAUGAGCAUUAUUAAUUAUUUUAUUUAAAUUUAUAUAUUAUUCUCCGAAUUAACUCAAGAAAUAAGAAAAGGGAAUUGUAAAAUGUUAAAUAUAUAAAACGGUUGUUAAUUCAUUUUCUUUAUAAUUAAUCACCGUACUUUUCAAGUCAAAUUGACCGUUUAUUGGAUAUACUUGUAGGUACAUUUUUUGCUUGCUUUUUACAACAGUAGGAAAUUAUAACAAAAAGAAAUAUUAAAAAAAUGAUACGGCAGUUGUAACAAUUGCCAAGGUUCUGUUUUUUCGUCAUUUAAUUUGACAUAAUGAGAACUGUGCUCCACAGGUUAAACCCAUUACAUUUCAUUAAAUUCAUUAAGCAUUUCCGGCGAGCGUUUCUUAUUUGUAUGCACUUACAUAUACAUUUUUAGAAAUGAAUGUGAGUAAUAAGUGUUGAACUGACUUCUUUUGCGAACCACACGUUCUUAUUGAAACAUGACGAAUGUGGAAACACUAAAGUGCUUAUCAAAUAAUGUGUGCAGUGCUAAAUUUGCUGGCCGCCAACGCUGCAUGUCAUUGCAAUAAAUAGCAAUUAAAAAUUAACAUUUUGAAUAACUGCAUGUGCAAUUAUCAUAAAAAAUAAAAAUAAAAUAUUUGUAAACAUAUAAAUGACAUUUUUAUGAACAGCUGAGAAAAGUUGAGCAAAAACACGUUUAUAUUCCCACUUGUUGCGCACCGGAGAAAUAUUCAACAUACAGAUUCUAUGUGCAGAGCAAAAUAUAUGUAAAAGGAAUUGAUCGGUUGAUCUAAAUAAAUAACGCUAAAUUUAUAAAUUUUCUGCCGGAAAUGCCACAAGCGUAAACAAAAUGAAACUGCUGUUGAAAGUGAACUCAGAAAAAGCUCGUAAACGCUACGGCGGCUCUGCUAAUUUGCCCGCCACCCCCGCAGCGCCUGCGACGAUCGCCACAACAAGACGAAUCAACCAAAAUAGGAGUAAUGUAACUACCUCAAUCUUCCAAAAGCUUUCCAUAUCCUCCAAGCUACUGUUGCUGCUCAUUGUUGUCGUUAUAAUUGUGGCCGUAGUGAUUAUUUACAUUCAGAUACAGCAAAGUAACAAGCAGCAGCUCGGGCCCAUAGUGUUUGGCAAUACCUAUGAGCAUGGCACAUUUCCGAAUUUAGGAAAUGGACAUCUGGUGAUAGACCGCGAGCAAUGGGGUGCCUCGGAGUUGUCGAAAACCCUAACAGCACCACUAAAACAUCCGAUACCAUAUGUUAUAAUAACGCACAUUGGCGUCCAGUCGAAACCUUGCGAAACGGUGUACAAAUGCUCAAUUAAAAUGCGUACCAUACAAGAUUCGGCGAUUGCGGAAAAAAACUUACCCGACAUACAGGCGAAUUUUUAUGUUGGAGACGAUGGCAAUAUUUAUGUGGGACGUGGUUGGGACUAUGCAAACACUUACGCGAACGACACUUUGGCGGUUACCUUUAUGGGUGAUUACGGACGCUACGAACCAAGCCAAAAGCAAUUGGAGGCGGCCCAAUAUCUACUAUCCUAUGCUAUCGCCAAUAAGUACAUUGAGCUGGGCUAUAAGUUAGUGGCGCAAAACCAGACAAAGGUCACAAAGAGUCCGGGUGCCAAUGUUUAUCGUCACAUCAAAAAGUGGCCCCACUUUUAUCCUUGUGGUAUUGGUGACAAUCUGAGGUGCGGCGUUGAGCUGAACAUGCCAGAUGUUUGGGAUGGAAAAAUGUGAAUACUAUCAACAGCACUAUGACAACUCUACGAAUAAAUAGCAUAAGUAACAGUAAUUAUAAAAUAAGUAAGAGAUACCAGUUCUAUAGCAUAUAAUGUGUAUAAAAUGAGAUUGGUUUUUACGAAAGAUUUCUACGCAAGGAUAUUAUUUUCUGUUAUAUUUAUCACAUAUCGUACAAAAUAAUCUUUUGUCUAUUACCUAAUACUUCCACAAAUGUUUAGCUUUUAGUUGAACAUGAUAUUUGUACACAAGUUAGAAUAAAAAUAUUUAAACAAUCUA